AUGAGUCAAAUCGCCGUCUCCCAAAUCGAACUGGACGAACUACCGGCGUUGGAGCGAGGCAGGCGGUCAUUCGAGCAGAUCAACGACACCGCGUCGCACAAGGCAGACGUCGCCACGCAGAAUGAGAUCUUCACCGAAACUCGAAGCGCACGGUCUCGCAUUUUUGUGGAUGCGAUUUCCGUCGAACGUGCUGCAGAGCCCCAGGCACGAAGGCUUGGCCUGCGGAUCGGGAGUGUCUAUAUUGAGGAGGAGAUUUUGUAUUUGCUUGGGUCGUGCAUGGGUUUUUUCGCCGCCGGCCUCAGCGACACUGCCACCGGAGCGAACCUGCCGUCUAUUCAGAGGCAUUACGAUCUCUCCUACGAGGUCGUCUCUCUCGUCUUUCUCGCGGGGUUCGGGGGAUACCUAACCGCGUGCAUGCUCAAUUCGGUGCUUCAGAACGCCAUUGGAACGCGGUGGGUGCUCUUGACGGCAGGGGUAUUGUACGCUGGCGGAUCCUUGUUGAUCGCCUUCGCUCCUCCAUUUCCCCUCGUCAUGGUCGCCCUCACCGUCAUGGGUUUCGGAAACGGUUUUUACGAAGCCUGUCUCACAAGUGUCGUUGCGCAUUUUGAAAACAGCAGAUUUAUGAAUAUUGUAUACUCGUUUUUUGGGGUCGGUGCGCUCUCCGCCCCGUUUAUUAUUGGAGCAUUCGCCAAAGCUGCUAUUCCAUGGAAUCUUUACUACUGGUUUCCCGUUUCUUUGGGAGCAAUCAUCAUGGCCACCCAUUUUGUGCUCUUCAGGCAAUAUGUCAUCCCUACAGAGGCAGAGACCGAACACCACACCAUUCGUGCAAGGUUUACUCAGUUGACGCGAAUGAGGAUCACCUGGGUUGGGAUGGUCUUGAUUAUCCUUGGCUUUGCUAUCACCCUCACGCUCAGCAAUUGGUUGACCUCAUAUCUCAUCGAGGUCAAGGGCGCUGGGGCUGAUAUCUCCCGCUAUCAGUUAUCCAUGCUUUGGGCAGGGAUAACCGCCGGCCGAAUGUUCUUUUCGUUGCCAUACAUUCAUGUCCGGGAUAGGCUCGGGAAUACGCUGUUGCUUGCACUCCUCUGUGGUGCGAUUACCGCCCUUUGGGCGACAAAGGCAAAUGCUUCGAACUGGGUCGUCAUUGGUGCUGCGGGAUUCUUCCUGGGCCCAAACACCCCUGCUAUUCUCUCUAUUGUCUCCAUUCGUGUACCCCCUCGGCUGAAAGGAGCUGCCGUUUCGAUAACUAUCGGAUCCGGCCUCAUUGGCGCAGCUCUUGGACCAUUACUUUUCGGAGUGGCUGUUGGCAAGAUCGUUCCGGGGCUGGAGGUGCUUCCGCCUGUCAUAAUUGUUCUUUCCACGUUAUCCGCCCUCACCUUCUGGGCAAUUCCGCCUCGUGAAAAACGGGAUUAG